AUGCGUUUUCUGAAAGUUCUUAGUUUCAUUGCAUUUACGUUGUCCCAUUCAUAUGCGUUGUUUCAGCUAGUAAUGGUAAACCAAGAUAAUGAUCAGACAUUAUUAGGAAUUACUCAAUAUACUGAUGGAAAUUACUACUUAGUGCCUAAUCCUAGUUCCACAGAUAUAUUUUCCUACGACGGUGAAUCUGUACUCUCUGAAAGUGAUUAUUAUUUAAAUGUAAACGGUUAUGAUGAUAGUUUAAUAUUUGCACCCACCUCAGAUGCUAGUAAUACAUUUGCAUUUCAAGAUAUAAAUCUUUUUGAGGAGUUAGUUUCUAAUGGUAUUUCAAUGUACUAUCUUGUCACAACAGAAUACGGUCCUGUUAUCUCAACUGAUGACGGUAGCGGUCAAUAUAUUUCAGUGGCCAUGAUAACAAUAGAUGAACCUCCCCCAGCUUCUUCUUCACUGAGUUCUCUGUCCAGCUUUUCGUCAGAUUCAUCGUCCUAUUUACCAUCAUCAUCAUCAUCAUCAUCAUCAUCAUCAUCAUCAUCAUCAUCAUCAUCAUCAUCAUCCUAUUCACAAUCCUCGAGUUCUCAAUAUUGUCAAUCGACUGACCCUAUUUACUACCUUCCUUCAUCUGUAACUGGAUUUUAUUUACAGCUCAACCUAGACAAUCUAUAUGCUUACUACAGCGGAUCAUCUUUGGUUUAUGGAUUCACUAUUGAUUUAUCCGUAGGGGAAUUACUAUAUGUACCUAGUAUUAACACUGUCGAUGGUUCUUCAUCUUUACUUAGUUUUGUAUACUCUGAUGAUCUGCAGAAUACUGGAUUUGCAUAUUAUAAAGAUGAUUCAGAUCAAUUAAUAUUGACCUAUUUAGGAAGUGAUGUAUUCUAUUAUUGUGACGAUGGUGAGAUACAUACCCUGAAUUAUGGUGGAUGUACAAACGUAAAUCUUAUUUUGAUUGAUGGAACUUAUGGUGAUGAAAUUUAUCUGGGUCCAACCACUUGCCCACUGCAGCUGUCAUCUGACUCAUCAUCUUCAUCCUACUCAUCUUCAUCCUACUCAUCUUCAUCCUACUCAUCUUCAUCCUACUUAUCUUCAUAUUACUCAUCUUCAUCCUAUACAUCUUCAUAUUACUCAUCUUCAUCUUAUUCGUUUUCAUCCGAAUCGUCAUCAUCGGCUUAUUAUUCACCUUCGGGCAAUUCAUUAUCUUCAGUUUACUCUUCCUCAGAAUAUGUUUCUUCAGUAUACUCUUCCCCAGAACACGCUUCUUCAGUAUACUCUUCCUCAGAAAUCUCAUCCUCGUCUUAUUCUUCUUCAUUACCCGAAGAAGAAAGUGGUUCCUCAGCUUCAGACUCAUACUUAAGUUCCUCAACAGUCGACUCAUCUACUUCUCCAAGUCUAAUUUCUAGUUCAAGUACAGUUCAAUCUUCUUCAGAAAUUUCUGGAAGUAGUUCACUUCUAAUUGCAUCGUCUACCACAUUAUCAUCUGGGGAAUCAACUGAGAAUUCAAGUUCUUUUUCAUUAUCCUUCUCCUCAAGUUUUAGUACUUUGAGUUUCACAUCAGAACCACAAUCUCUGGAUAUUUCAUCAUCUUACUUUUCAUUAAGUUCAUCAUUUAAUUAUUAUGCCAACUCUACAACAUCCUCAUCUUCAUUUUCAGGCAUCCAUACCUCUUGGACUUCAUCAGAUUCAUUGAUAUCUUCCACUACUGGUAGUUCAACCCUUAAUACUCUGGGAAGUGAUGCCUCCAGCACUUCUGAAAAUUCCUCGAAUACCUCCACUUCUUCAACAACUCAAUCUUCAGAGAGUCUGUCAAUUGUUACAUCUCCGUCAACUAAUUUUACAUCAGGUAGCAGUGUCUCCAAUGGUGUGAGCUCGUUUGUACUUACUUCCCUAUCGCCAUCUUCUUCUGAAUCAGAAUCUCCAACUCAAACUACUUUCACUUUCCAGAUCACUGCUGUAGCUAAUCCUCCAAAUACUUUUCAAGAGGAUCUCACGUUGGAUAACCACAAUAUUAUCUUAGAAGAUACAAACGGUCCAUUAUUUGAGUUGACACUCCCAGGUGGUUACAUCACUAUCGCCGGGUUAUACUUUGAAGCUGACGAAUCUAAUGGUAUCUACUUGAGUGAUUCGCCUUUCGGUGGAUGGCUGUUCGUCGGAGAUCCUAUCUUAUCGUUGGAAGGUUUCGGAACCGAGUUCUUCAUCUGUCCCGAGCAAUCUGUUCCUUUGCAACUCUCCCUGAUUGCAUCUGACUGUGUUGUUGGUGAGUUACAUAUAUUAGAGGCAGCACCACCAUCCACUAGUUCUACCACCAACUCACAGUCGCCCAGUUCGGGUGCUACCAGCACCAGUUCGGGUACUACCAGCACCAGUUCAACUACCAGUAAUGCAUCCACUGGAAUAUCUCCCGAUACAACUUCUUCUUCCAGCUCUGGAUCAACUAUAACUACCACCUACACUUCCAAUGAAAUUGUUACUAUAACUCAAUGUCCAGCCACUGUCACAAACUGUCCUUUGAAUUCAAUCAAGACCAUUACAAUUCCUCAUACCAUCACUACUACUUACUGUCCUGAGUCAGGUGUUACUCAGCCUACUUUAACUUCUACUUAUACCUCCCACGUCACUGAAGUCGAGGGUACAGUGACUAAGGAAGUAGUGCGUACUUUCACCACCACUUACUGUCCUGAGUCGGGUCAACCACAACCUGUUGAGACGACAUCUACAUCAGUAGAAACUCAAGUUAGUGGUAAACAGACGGUUAUUGUUACACAUGUGAUCACCCAGACUAUUGGAAGCUUAAUUCCAACAUCUUAUACAUCGUAUGAAGCACUCGAAGUCACUGUCGGAAAUGGAGGUGCUAAAUCUGUAGCCACCAUCACUGUUCCAAAUGUUGUUAGUACUGCUACUUUUGAAGCUGUUAGCAAAACUCCACUUGUUUCUUAUGCAGCCUCAACUGGGCCAAACAUUUCAGUAUUUAACGGCGCGCACAAGCUUCUUGGAUCUUUAAGUUCUUUAAUUUUUUCGUUUAUAUUAGCUUUUCUUUAGUUUAAAUUGUUAGUUGUUUUCUCCUUUCAUUUCAGCAUGAUUGGAGUGAUUUAUUUCUACAACCAUUUUCUACAAAAGUUCUUUGAC